UUUUUAGUGUCAAAAUUAUUAUGUUGAAAUUCUAUUUUAAAACUAAUUCAUAGCAAUGUAAAAAUAAAAGAAAACAAAAAUAAAGUGAAAUAAAAUGUAAAUAAAAAUAAAAAAAAAUUUAUUGAUAUGGAUUUGAGAGGACACAAGAAAAAUAGUGAAUAUAAAAAAAGGAAAAAUUGUUUAACAGAAGCGAGACAUUGUGAAACGAAAAAAUUCCCACAAAAAAUAGAAGAUCAAAAGCAAAAAGUUUCUGAUUUAGUUUAUCAAUAUUUGUCACAAGUUUCUAAUGUUCAUAAUAGAAGAAAACAUCGAAAAAAUGCUAGAAAUAAUUUUCAUCGUGCUCAUUUAAGAAGACAGCCUGGAAAUAUUUAUCCCAAACGUCCGAAAAAAAAGUAUUCGAGACCAAAAUCAAUUUUAGAUUACAAUUUAACAAAUAAUACUCUUUCGUAUUUGCCUUUCAAUUAUUAUAAUCAACAGGAAAUAUUAAAUUCUCAAUUUUACAGACCGACAAUUUUAAAAAAUAUCGUUCAAGAUUAUGCAAAAGCCGUUAGUGAAGGGCGAAAUAUAUCAAGAAAAUAUGUAUGCAAAGCACUAUCUUUUGGAGUGAAUUCGGGAUUUUUGGUACCAACUGAUGACAAAGGACAAAUGCUUCGUGUCUCUUCAAAUCUCUGUCUCUUUCCAGGCGGUGGAAAUAUAGAAAAAACUAAAACUGAAAAAAAUAUCAAAUCUAAAUCUACUAAUAAUAUGAAAAAAAUUAAAACAAAACGACUGUUAAAAUCGAAAAAUGGAAAAAGUUUAUCAAAAUACGUUAAAGGCAAAAGUUUACAAAAAACAAAUAAAAAGAAAAGAAAAGCAAGAAAUUUUUAAUAAUAUGUACUAAGAACAAUUUUCAAUUUUUUAAUUUGUUUUAAUUUGUUUAAAAUUCGAGUUAAUUGUAUUACUUUUUAUUUUACAAAAUUUAUUUGUUAUCCAAAUUAUAAUAUUCUAGAAAGAAAUAAAAUUGUCCGUUUUUUUUAACU